AUGACGACGAGAGCAAAGUUAGCCUUUUUCCACCUACUGACGUCACUUCCUGCGUUCUACACCAUGAGCCUGGAUGCAAACGUCACAGCUGGCCAAGCGGUGUCGUCAUCGCUCGAACCAAGCGUAGGUGGUCUGGAGAUGAGGAAGCUACGUCACAUCGAGGCAGAACUCGAGGUGUUGAGGAGGACAGUGACGGAGCUCAAAGCUGGUGGGCAGUGUGGGUCACAAAGUCCGCAUGGAGACCUGUUAAAGGAGCUGAUGAGCGAAAUACAAGGUCUCCGUUCACAGUUUCAAGCCCUACAAAUGCGAAGAGAGUUAUCUGCCCUUCGCUCUGACAUGCUGCAAGCCAAAUCUUUGUUAGCAGACGCCGGAAGUAGACUGGACGACCUGCCAGGAGAAGAUGCCAGUAAGCAGGGCUCAGAUCUUGCAGGCAGAACAGUGGAAGCUGGUGUUGUCCAGAACAUUCCAUCCAUCUUGAGCUCAGGGAUCAUCGGUGGUUCUAGUCAUGAUCAGACCGGAGCAGCUGCCAACGCACUGUGUCUGCCCUUGGAGCCUGUGUUAGUAAACAACCCGGGUACACCCCACGUGACUCUCAUCUUAGGAGCGGAGUUAGAAGUGACCCCUCUCGCCCAGCACGACCUGGACCCCCUGUGUGCAGUGUGUCGCACCUCACGACCCACAGUCGUCAUGGUGCCCGCUGCCAACGCUUGCCAGCUCGGGUGGACGCUGGAGUACUCCGGGUACCUUAUGGCAGGACACAACACUCACCCGGGAGCCACACAGUUCAUCUGCAUCGACAAGGAGCAGCAGACGCGCAUGGCGUCGGACAAGAACGAGAACGGCAGACUGUUCUAUUACUCCACUGGUAGUUGCGGUAGUCUCCCUUGCCCACCUUACCAAGCUGGAAAAGUGUUUCCUUGUGUCGUCUGCUCCAAGUGA